AUGAGUACGCAUGGACACGGGUAUGGCCGUAGAUAUCCGUUCCUAACAAGACUGAUGGACAUGAACUACAAUUAUGGUCCAAAUUAUGAACAAGAUGUAUUAGAGCCCGAAUUUGAUAGUGAUCCUGAUCUUCAGUUGUCGGAUUCUGAACUUUCAUGGCAGUCUGUAACAGAUGUUGAUAGUAUGUCACUGGCCAAUCAUUGGAGAGGAUGGAAAGGUCAACCAGUUACAUUCGGCAAUCAACAUUGUUCUACUAAAGAAGAUGCCAUACCAUCAUUGGUAGAUUUAAGCGCAAAAACAAUUGCUCGUACAAUUCCAUUUGAACUUGUUGAUCGUUUCAUUCAACGUAGUAAUCAACCAGUUGAGGAAAGUUUACAAUUAAAAAUUGCUUACUGGAGUUUUCCAGAAAAUGUAGAAAAUAUUAGAUUAUAUACAUGUGUUGCUAACGGAAGCACCGAUGAAUUUGUUAAAGCUGAAACUUUAUAUCAGUCAAAAUGUGUGCGAAAUGUGCUGCAAAUCGGUUUUCAUUUGAGUGCCGAUGUGCAAGAAAUGACUACUGCUACUCAUCCACAAAAUGUUUGUUUACGAGCACCUGUAUCAGAAUCAUUAUCAAGAUUGAAAAUUGAUCAAUUGAGAAAGUUUGCACAAUAUCUGAUUUGUGAGUUACCACAACAGAUAUUACCAACCGCUCAACGCUUAUUAGAUGAUCUGUUAAGUGAUAAUCCUACAAAAAUCAAUACGUUACAGGGAGCACCAGAUCCAACUGCCGGUCCAUCAACAUCUGAUAUAAGCGUAUGGUAUUUAGAUGAAACAAUUUUACAAGAAAAUAUAAGUAAAACAUUACAUCGUUUUUGUCAACCAACUCCGCAAGUCGUUGGUGAUGUGACCUAUUUGACAAGUCCAUCAAUUCCAGCUGCUGCUGAAUACUCAAGUUUAUUGAGACCAUUGCGUGGUAAAGAACCAGAAGGAAUGUGGAAUUUGCUGCAGAUUAUUGCGGAAAUGCUUGCUAGACAUGAUCAAAAUGGAAUUCAAUUAUUAGAAAUAUUAACUAAACAGUGUUUAGCACAAGAACAAAUUAUGCAAUGGUGGUUUACAACAAAAGUAUCCAAUGUCUAUAAUGAACGUGGUACAACUGGUCUUCGAAAUCAUAAUGCCUUAAUGGUACAACAAGCAAGCGCUUCAUUGUGUGAUGAAAUUGUUCAUAUAUGGCGUUUAAUAUCUCUAAAUCCUUUAUUAAAUAUCGAUGACAGAAACAAUAUUUAUACGAAACUGUGUAACUGGCAUAUAAAUCUUAUCGAAAAAAUAUGUAAACAAAAAACAACAACUACAAAUAUAUCAACGACCACAAAUGGUUUACAAACAACGACGAAUAAUUACCCUUGUCUUUUAACAGCCACAACAGCGAAUGGCGAUCGUUCAAUGAAUCAAAAACGACGUGACAUUGAUAUAUUUUCCGGUUUUCUUCCAGCUAUUGAAGUUGCACAAAUAACAUGGUAUGAUUUUCCCAAUAUAAACCAGAUUAACGUAGAACAAAAUGAGGAUGAAAGUGUCACAGCUUGGAAUAAAUAUGGAAUGUCAUAUGAUCAAGCAUUAACAACAGCUUAUAAAUAUAUUGCACAACAAACAUCGUCAACAACAGCUAGUGUACAUCCACUGUUUAAUGAAAAUAAAGAUCCAAUUGUAGAACAGCAACAAAUACUACCAGCAGAUGAAAUAGGUGAUUCAGAAGCCAAUAAUAAUGAAAAACAAGAGCAAAAGCUAAACCGAAAUUCAUCCACUGAAAAUAAUUGCGAUAAUGGUAGUGAUACAGACUCGGGAGGUGAAUCGGGUGAUAAUGAUGCAGAUGGACAAAAUGAUCAAAGCAGUGACGAAUAUAAAAUUUAUUUUGCUGAUCCCAUAUCAUCACAAUCAGCAACGAUAAAUAAAACUUCUUCAUCUUUAUCAAAUAUUCAUACUGGUACAACCACACAACAUUCGCCAUUAACAUACGAAUUUAUAACAUUGAAAAAAAUUAAUGAUCCAUUAGAGAUUGCCUUUGCUCAAUGUGAAGCGUUACGUGUUCAUGGUUUUUCUAAUGAAGCAUACAAACUAGCUGAACAACUUGCGAAGCAUCUACUUACAACCAACGAUUGGCUUCAUCCACCUCGUCCGCCAUCAUCAUCAUCGGCCCGGAGAGGCCAUUUUGCCGUAUCUGAUUAUUUUACAUCCCCCAUAGCACGUUGUGGUUUUCUUUGUUCAAUUUUAACUGAAUCUCCGAAACAUCAACAGAUUGCAUUUCAGAUUGGGCUAUGUGGACUCGAAGUGGGACGUUCACCUUCAACAACAAAAGCACUUGAAAUUCGUCUUUUAAACUGCGAACAAGAAAUAUGUCAUGAAUUAAAAAAAAUCACAUUAGGUCCAAAUGAAAUAAAUAUGUUAAGGGAUCGUGCAGAGAAAAUACGUAACGGUAUCACGUAUACACGCGGUAAUGCUCUAUUACCAUUAAGCUUAGCCACUUAUAUAUUCGAAACAUUACGAACAUUGAGUUUAUCUCGGAGUGGUAAAGCACAAACUACACAACAACAGCAACAAUUUAGCUAUACAUCGUGUAGUAGUGAUACCAUACAACAGAAUUAUUUUACUUCUUUUGAUAAUCAUUUGACAUCGUCUCCAAUGAAUGUCAUUCAACAACAAAUAAGUACUUGUGUAAAUGAUAAUGAUGAAUUACUUGGUUUUGAUGCAGCUAUCUCCGCUUUGGGAUUAAAAACUUACGUUUCUGAAGGCCAAAAUCCAAUAUUAUGCGAAGGUAUUCGUCGUCAACGUAGCGAUUUAGCUUUGAAUCUAUUGACGUUAUACAAAGAUGAUCAAACACGUUUAAUAAAAAUCUUAGAAAAAUUACUCGAUCGUGAUAUACAUAUACUGUUUAAAAAUCCUAAUAUGAAUCCUUUUAAUAUUGGUUCAAAAAAAUUGCAUACACAAUCGACAACAAUAUCUUCGGGUACCACCUCUUCCGUUAAUUUGGAACAAAAUCAUGAUAGUACAAACAGUUUUGAUGAUGCAACAUCAAAUCGUCUGGAGUAUAAAAAAACUUUAGCAACUGCUGAAAUUGAUAGUUCUGGUCUCGACGAAAGUGAAGGCGAAAAUUUUGAUCAAAAAGCUUGGGAAGCUAAAUUUCGCUGUCUAAACUUGAAAAAUAGUUCAAAAAGAAUAUCAAACGGUUUUACCAGUAUCGACAGUAGUGCGCCAGAAACGAAUUCAAGUGAUAAUUCACCAACAAUAUCACGUCGUAGCAUACGUGUUUCCUCGAAAGUUAAUGCUGAUUCGGAAAGUGACACAUGCAAUGAAUCGCCUGCACGAUCUAUCACACACACCGAUUUAACUCCCACAAUGAAUGACACUUCACAAACUUCUUACACUCCAACGUUUUGUCCCACAAUAAUGGUUGAUCCAAACACUACCUACACGAAGAAAAUGCUAACAUCGAGCACGUCAGUGAAAUCAAAACAUAAAACUCGUUCACCCUGUAUACCAAAUCAACCAUCGGAAGCAUUGUCUCAUUUUAUGUUUGAGUUAGCUAAAACACUUGUACAACGAGCAGGGGGAACAACAUCGACAUCUCUCUUUCAAAAUACUCCACAUAUCACUACGCCACCACAUCGAAAUUUACACUUGUGCGCAUUUACAAUCGCUCUUUAUGCAUUAGGUGUUAAUAAUCAUGUACAUCCAAAUUGGAUGGUUCGAACAUACAGCAGCCUAGUAUCAUGGAUAACGAGUACAGCAGUUGACAUUGGUUUACAAGCAAUUUUGAUACUUAUCGAAUGUUGGGAAAGUCAUUUGACGCCAUUAGAAUGUGCAACAGCAUCUGAUAAAGCGUCGAGAGGACGAGACAAAGCCUGUGUGCGAGCUGCAGCUGAACUAGCCUUGUGUAGUUUACAGUAUGCACAUGCUCUCAAUCCAGCUGAAAUUCGUCAGUCAUUGGCACAAUGUAAAGAACAAAAUGGCGAUAUGCUAGAACGAGCGUGUCUAACAAUUGAAAAUGCGAGUAAAGAUGGUAGCGUUUAUUUAGAAGUUUUGUUUGAUGUAGCAAAACGUUGGUAUGAAAUGUAUUUUGAUGUUACUGGUGAUCCAUUAACCAAUGAUGAAGAUACACAAACACCAACAUCGUCAAAUUAUUGUUUUAAUAAUCGUAACAACAACGAUAAUUCAUCUUUAUCAACAUCUUCUUCAACAAUAACUCUUACGAAUAACAAUAACAAUAUCAAUCACGCUGCACAACAAAAUUACAGCUCACCGGUAGAUUUGUACAAUACAGUUGAUAUUUUAUCAUCAUAUCCGAUAUAUCCAUCAGCCUCAUUACAAAAUAAUUAUACCUAUCACAAUUCAAAUAAUCAUACAAAUAAUUACAUUUACCAAUCUACAUCGGUACCACCACCACCUCUAUCAGGUCCACUUAAUUAUCAUUCAUAUCCUCAUUUUCCAUUUGUCCCAGUUCCAAUUCAUUUUUCAUCCCAACCGCAACCAACGAUCACAAAUACGUAUUUAACAGCUCCUUUCUUACCUACGACGGUAUUUCACCAACAAACAUCCGCACAGUCAUUAUCCCAAUCUCCCUACAAUCAUGCUCAUCCUAUUUUUGUUACCACACAACAACAACAACAACAACAACAGCAGCAAUCAGCCACGUUUCCCGUUCACACAUCUUAUUCAACAAAUCAGAUACCUAUUCAAAUUUAUUCAAAUCUUCACCAUCAUCCGCAACAACAACAACAAACUAUUUCUCCUAUAUUACUCAGUCAACCAUCAAAUUCAUAUCCGAAUAAUAAUCUUCGAUCCACUCCUAUCACUCAAAUAAAUACAGUUGACCAACAACCAGCCAUUGUUACAUCUCCACUCACAUUUACCCCUGCCAUAAACAAUACUAACACUGCUCCUGCAGCUUCAGAACAUAUCUCCAAUCACCGACGUUAUCUUGUAAAUGCAUUUCGUGUUGGCAUGUUGGCCAUGAGCACUUUAGCUCGUCGUUCGGUGGACGAACGGCGCGGAGAAUCAAAUAGUCCUACACCACGUCAUGGAGAAGAUGUUAAAUGGUUAUUAAAAGUUGCACUCAAGUUAGGAAAUUCUGAAUUACAAGAUUUUGUUAAUAGUGCCACAGCAUCCAUAAUUAAUCCUUAUCUUCUUCAAGCAUUAGCAUUUAGUGUAGCCUAUAAUUUAUCUCAAACUCAAAUAGGUUCAACACAAAUGUUACGUUCACCAUUUCUUCAACCGUUAAUGCAAAAAUGUUUAAAUAGUUAUACACGUUGUGUUCAUCAACGUAUGGCCCAUUUAACAACCAAUAAUGAUAUUGAAGAAAUAAGUUCUUUAAUGAAAAAUGCACGAUCAGCAUUUCUAUUAAUGGGAAAUAAUCAUGGUUAUAACGAUUUAAUUAAUUUUGUGAAAGGAUCUAAAAAAUGUAAAAAGGAUGUAUUUUUAAAAAUAUGGGCAGCUAUUUCAAAUUAA